AACCGUCUCUCUUUCUCUCUCUCUCUCUCUCUCUCUCUUUCUUUCUUUCUAUUUCUCUUUAUCUUACUCUCCCACCUCUCUCUCUCUCUCUCUCUCUCUCUACCUCUGUUAUUCGGUUCUCCGUAAAACGAUCGACAGCUUCUACGCCGAUGAGAGAACGACAGUUGCGCGUCCUCGAUCGUCGUUCCAGGGGUUUCCUCGAGGAAUCGUGCUCGAAAAGAGAGAAAGAGAUAAAGAAAAAAGUAGAUAGAUUCGCGAACAACGUAAACUCUGUAGUGAGAGACGAGAAAUAAGGAAAAAUUGAGUGUCCGUAGCCACCGACGCGAGCAAUGACGAAAAAAUACUAUUACUAUUGUUAUCAAAGGAAACGAGAGAAUCCAGUGAUGUGUGUCUAAAGUUUGUCACGCUUGUGUCUAGAGAUCGAUGAUACGUCGCGACAAGUUGGACCGACUUCGGAUCGAUGAUCUCUCGAUCGGUGAUUUCCUCAUAGCUUCGAUCACUCAUGUGAGAAAACAAUAUUGCAAUUGGAUCACAUCGUCGUGACGACGUCAAACCCAUAUACGAAAGGGUUCGUAAAUUCGUCAACGAAGACAGAAAGUGUUUGCGAUCUGGAUUGACUGUGGGAGCCUCGAUUUAAAUAUAGACGACGACAACAAAGACGCAGUGAAUUGGGCGAGGAAAAUCGGCACAAUAGAAUGUGUAGUUGUUCGGAAUGUCGAGACACUCUCUGAUGAUCCUAUGCUGCUACCUUUACACGCUGUUUGACAUGGCAGCUUUACAUUUUCCUUUCAGCGAGAAAGUAUGCGAACCGGUUCUUUCCACGGAGGUCGAAGGGUGGCAUAUUAAAGUCGAUAGCCUAUCGUCUAGUACAAUUCGACUUUCGGCGAGAAAGCGCGGGUACCGGUUUUUUCCGAAGAUAGAAAGAGAAGCCGACCAAGAGGAUUACGGUAGAAAAGAGGCAUCUCUGUCCUUAAGGGACAUCCUACCGAUAAAUCCGAAGCAAUAUGACAAGCACAGAGCACCAAAAUUCUUGGGACAGCCUACCAUCGUUUAUUUUCACGUCACGGUUCUCAGCCUCGAUUCUAUUAACGAAGAAUCUAUGACCUACGUCGCUGACAUUUUCUUGGCUCAAAGCUGGCGCGAUUCUAGAUUAAGAUUACCAGAAAAUAUGUCGGAAGAGUACAGAAUAUUGGACGUUGAUUGGUUGAACAACAUUUGGCGACCGGAUUGUUUUUUCAAGAACGCGAAGAAGGUCACUUUUCACGAAAUGUCUAUACCAAAUCACUAUCUCUGGCUUUAUCACGAUAAAACGUUACUUUAUAUGUCCAAGUUGACUUUGGUACUUUCUUGUGCGAUGAAAUUCGAAUCGUAUCCGCACGAUACUCAAAUCUGUUCGAUGAUGAUAGAAAGCUUAUCACAUACGACGCAAGAUUUGGUUUUCAUAUGGAAUAUGACGGAUCCAUUAGUAGUAAAUCCCGAAAUUGAACUGCCACAGCUCGACAUAUCGAAUAACUAUACGACAGAUUGUACGAUCGAGUAUUCGACCGGAAACUUUACGUGUAUUCAGAUCGUCUUUAAUCUAAGAAGAAGAUUAGGAUACCACCUGUUUCAUACAUAUAUACCUUCGGCUCUUAUCGUCGUCAUGUCCUGGAUUGCCUUCUGGAUCAAACCUGAAGCAAUUCCAGCUCGCGUUACGCUCGGUGUAACGUCACUCCUCACACUAGCAACUCAGAAUACACAGUCUCAACAAUCGCUACCACCUGUCUCGUAUGUGAAAGCCAUUGACGUGUGGAUGUCAUCGUGCAGCGUCUUUGUCUUCCUGUCUCUCAUGGAAUUCGCUGUGGUCAAUAACUACAUGGGUCCUGUUGCAACGAAAGCUAUGAAGGGUUACUCCGAUGAGGAUCUUAGGGAAGCUAUCGAUGAAUUUAAGACUCCGAUGAGGCCCGAUUCCGAGAGAAGCAGAAGUCCCGUCAGGCCACCUACCGUUCAAUACGACACUUGCUGUCAGGGUAGGGCAACAGCGAUUUACAUCGACAAGGUCUCCAGAUUCUUCUUUCCCUUCUCGUUUUUCAUCUUGAAUGUCGUUUAUUGGAGUACCUUCCUAUAAAAUAAGAAAAAUCUCCUCCAUGUUGCCAAUCGAUCGAUCGAUUAGCAAACAAAGACAUUAAAAAUCGAAGAAAAUAUGAUUCAAAAGUGCCUUUUAUACAGAGUAUUGAUAAAGAGUUGGCUGAUAUUUUCAAGACUUAUAGUUUAGUUUGAAAUAAGGAAACAAAGUUUAUAUAAAUGUCUUUUAUGAUACAUCAUUUACCAAGUUAGUAUUACUCUCUUAUCUAUAAUUAUAUAAUAAUCACUUUAAAAGAAAUGUUUGAUAUCCCAUGAAAAAAAUUAGGAACGAAUUUAUCGAAUUUCCUAUAGCAUCAGAAACCAUAUAUAACAUAUGUUUAUAGAAACUCUUCAUUAUUUUAGCCUAAACAACUUUAUUAUCACCCUGUAUAAAAUCUAUACUUAGAAGUCGUAUCAACAAAUUAAUAUUAACUUACGUUAUUAAUUUAAAAGAACAAUUCUUCUAUUUAUGCAAAUAAUAACAAAUUUAAUUCGUUGAGUUUUUUAAUCCUUUGCAUGCAACGACGUUUUAUCAAAUAAUUUAUUAAUAUUUGCAUACCUAUUUAUGCGUAUAUUGAUAUAUAAAUAUGAUUUUGUAUGUGAAAAUUGCUUUAAAUGACUAAAAAAAAGAAAACGCAGAGAGUGCAAAGGAUUAAAAAUGAGUAUUUAAUUAAAAAAAAAUGUAGAAAUGCUUUCUCAUGGAAACAGCAGCUCACUUACUUACUUGAUCGAAGAUUUAAUAUUGUGGCAAGCCGCAGAUAUAAUAGAGAAUCUUAUCGUAGGAAUGUACGACCACUUGUGGGUUUUACUACUAGACAAUAAUGUGGUAUCCCUUACGUGGUAAGCCUCAUUGCCAUUACACUGUCUAGUUAAAUCAUAAGAGCAUCUUGAAAUUACAAGCUUCGCGUCUAUGAAGAGAAGAUUAUUAAUCACACCAUUAAUUAUAUAUAUAUACAUAUAUUUAUUUAUUUAUAAAUUACGUUGAUACCUACGCGUUUUUUAUAUCAACGUGAAUUAAAAGAAAGAGUAAUUAAAAUACAUUUACGAUCGUUAUUAUUCGCGCAUUUAAUGAUUUUUAUCGAAUUUCCUAUUAUAUCAUGCUAUCGUAAGUCUUUUUUUGAUAAAACGAAAAUCGAAUCGCAAUGUUU